CGUAGAGCGUCCGUGACGUAGUUCGCUAAGCGACGGUCACGGAUCCGGUGUGAAAUGAGUGGGACGGUAGGUUUAUCGGUAGCUGCAAAGCUGGAGAAAAUGGCGGUAGAAUCCCGGGUGACGCAGGAGGAGAUAAAGAAGGAACCGGAGAAACCGAUUGAUAGGGAGAAGACUUGCCCUCUUCUUUUGAGGGUGUUUACUACAAACAAUGGGAGGCAUCACCGUAUAGAUGAAUUUUCACGAGGGAACGUCCCAUCCAGUGAGCUACAGAUUUAUACAUGGAUGGAUGCUACACUGAAGGAAUUAACUAGCCUAGUUAAAGAAGUAUACCCGGAAGCUCGAAAAAAAGGCACCCACUUUAACUUCGCUAUUGUGUAUCCAGAUCCUAAACGGCCCAAUUACAGGGUAAAGGAGAUCGGUAACACCAUUUCAGGGAGAAAGGGCUCUGAUGAUGCCAUGACUCUGCAGUCUCAGAGAUUCCAGAUUGGGGAUUUCUUGGAUAUAGCAAUAACACCCCCUAACAGAGUACCACCCCCGUCAGGACGUAUGAGACCAUACUGAACAAAUGUUUAUGGAAUAUAUUAUAUGGACUUCCUUUUCCAACCCUUUUUUUUUUUAAAUAUUUUACAUUUUGCAAGUUGUUGCAAAAAAAAAUGAAAGUAAUCUUUCGUCUUUAAGUUCCCAUGAACCUUGCAUUUUAAUUUGUGAUAGGUCUUUCUUAUGAACAGUUGUAGAAAUAUAUCUCACAUUGUAUUAUGUUCCUGGGAAUAUGUAUACUUUGAGAUAAAUAGAUUUUUAAAUCUAAA